AUGAGUACUACAAUUGAUGCUAUUCGAUUCCGCAGUACUUGUAGUUUAUGGCGCUCCAUUCUCCCUCCUCCUCCUCGUCCAUCUUCCUCUUACAAACUUCUAACAUUUCAAUAUCUUCUAGAUAGUAAAUUUAGGCAACUUCUCCAAUCUAAAAUAUAUCGUCUAGAACCAUUAGUACCAACUUGUUCGUCGUCUAGUUCUUGUUCUUCUAAUAAAGGGUGGAUCAUAAAGGUUGAAGAAUCAACAUCCGGUAAACUUCGUCAGUUAGAUAUUUUGACUAACAUUGACAUCUCACACAUAUUUCCGUCUACCGUGUUAGAUUUCAUGAACUUACGAAUUAGUGAAUUAUUUGAAACAUACAAUAUCUAUUCUUCUAAUGUUGAAGAUGAUUUAAAUUCAUUUGAACGUGUUAACGAUAUUUAUCGAUUAGUGUUGCUUCCUGUUGAAGGACAUGGUCAAAUGGUCUUUAUCUUGAAUAAAGAUAGAAAAUUGCGUAUUUGCAGCAAUAAUAGAUAUUAUAACAAUUUGAUAUUAGUGGAAGAUUGGAUUACAAUAUAUGAUGAUAUAAUUAUUUAUAUGGAGAAGGUUUAUGUUGUGGAUACAAAUGGAAUUCUUUUCUGGAUCAAUUUUUCAUCACAUAUGUUGGUACAAUCUUCACCUCCUUUAAACAGUGAUGGAAAAAAGAAGUAUUUGGUAGAAUCGCAUGGGCGUCUAUAUGUGUUUGAUAUGUUAUAUAAAAGAACUCGAUCAAAUAAUAUCUACAAUUUAACCAUUGCUAUAAGUGUUUUAGUUGUUGAUAAUGAUUCAACUAGAUGGCUUCGUGUAUCGGACUUGGGUGAUGAUGCGUUUGUUUUGGGAAAAGAUUCGAAUUUUUCAUUAUCGGCUAAAGAUUACUAUGGAUUCGAGAAGAAUUGCAUUUACUUUCGUAUUAAAGACAGGGCUGCUUGUUUCAGCUUGAAGGAUCAGGAGUUUAAGUUUGUUGAUCAUUACAGUUUAUGGCCUUGCCCAACUUUGUUCAAUUCUAAUUUCUGA